AUGCAAUCUGCCGCCAGGCUUCUCGUUGCGGCCGCGCCGCGAAGCCCGCGUUCUCUCCUCCUCCUGCGCGGCCUCUGCUCCGCCUCGCCCGCCGGACAGCCGGAUCCGCGGCCCCACACGGCCCCGGACCCCGACCCCGACCCCGACCCGCGGCUCGUCGGCGCGCUCUGCCGUGUGCUCAGCGACUUCCGCGGGCCGCGGCACGACCUCCGCGCCGCGCUCAACGGAUUCGCGCCACGCCUCACGCCCGCGGCCGCGGCCGCCGUCCUGCGCCGCUGCCGCAACCUUCCCGUGCCCUCGCUCCGGUUCUUCCUCUUCGCCGCGGCGCUGCCGGGGUUCACCCACCUUCCGGAGUCGCUCCUAAUCCUCGCCGGCUCGCUCGCGGGGGCGCGGCUCUUCCCGCUUCUGCGCUCCCUGCUCUCCGAUCUCCCGCGACCCGCGCUCUCGCGGGACCUGUUUCCGCUGCUGUUCCGCGCGUACGCCCGCGCCGGCCUCCCCGACGACGCCAUCCGAGCUUUCUCCUCCAUGGAGGGGUUCGGUUUCCUGCCGACGGUCGCUGAUCUGCACUCCCUGCUCUUCACGUUAUCGCAUAAUGGCCUGGUAGAACACGCCGAGGCAUUCUUUAGGGAGUCGCCACUUCAGUUUGAUGUCUCGGCCAAAACAUAUACCAUCCUGAUCUCUGGGUGGGCUGUUGUUGCGAAGCCAGAGAAGGCUCAGAAGCUGUUUGACGAAAUGAUUGAGAGAGGGGUCCAGCCUGAUGUGCCUACCUAUAACGCGUUGAUUGACGCCUUGUGUCGAGGAGGGGAUGUUGCGCUUGCACAGGAGCAGCUAAAAGAUAUGCAACGCAGCCGUGGGCUUGCCCCUGAUGCUGCUACUUAUGGCCCAUUCCUUCGUUCAGCAUGUGCGUCAAAGGAUGCUCGUGCUGCUCUUCGUGUGCUAGAUAGGAUGCAUGCACGCAGCCUUACACCAAAUGUAUUCACCUAUAAUGCUGUCAUUCGGUUACUGUGCGAGUUGGGAGAGGUUGACGAGGCUUAUAAUAUCCUCAAUGAGAUGGCAACCCAUGGGGAGAAGCCUGAUGUUUGGAGCUACAACACUCUGCUUAAUACACAUUGUAAGCUGAAAGAGGUGAACAAAGCGUUACGGCUUAUUUCAAGGAUGGAUGAAGGCUUGUGUUUGCCGAAUCGGCACUCUUACAACAUGAUUCUGAAAAUGUUGAUUGCUAUAGGAAGGGUUGAUAGGGCAAUUGAGGUUUGGGAUGGGAUGGAAAAACGUGGUUUCCACCCAGGAGCAGCUACUUACGCUGUUAUGAUCCAUGGGCUCUCUUGCAAGAAGGGUAGAGCAGAGGAGGCCUGCAGUUACUUUUUGAGGAUGGUAGAUGACGGUAUCCCUCCUUACCAGGCUACUUGUCAGGUGCUGAGGGAUAGGUUGCUCAGGCUUGGCUUGCGAGAUGAUCUUGAGAUGCUCACUGAUAGGAUGCGCCGGAGCACGUCCUGCACAAUACAAGAUUUGGCAAGUAUCAUGUGCAGUAAGAGGGCAGAGGAAACUAGAAAUCUGAAAUGUGACCAUGAAUUCUCUGGCCUUGAUCUUGCUGAGAGCCAGUGGAGGGAGAAAUGGAAAGCUAACAUGGAUUCAGAGCCGUCAUCACAGAACCCAACAGAUAUGACUGCAUUUGUCCAGAACCUCCUUGGACAGAUGUAUAAGCUUGAGUCCGCUAGUGCACUGAGGUUCCACGAUUAUGAAAUGGGAACCAAGAUCGACGAGCUUGAGCAGAGCAUCAACGAUCUCAAAGCUGAGAUGGGCACUGAGACGCCGGCCAAGAAGCCUGAUGAGCCAAAGCCUGCUGACUCCGCGUAA